ACCACAUAUAUGCUUAUUUAUUCCAUUUAAAAGAUCCUAUCUACCGAGUAUUUAGUGGCAACGACAUAUAUAUGCUCAGGUAACCAAUUCUGGCAUUCCAGAAGAGCAGAUAGAUCACGAACCGACGCUUCCUCGUCGAAUGGAGGACGGCCUCGCCAUGGAUUCUCGCUGGCGCAUCGGGCCAGCGGAGGAAGCGCGCCACCAGGAGGUGAUGGCUGGCCUGGGCGUGCACGGAGCCGAGUGGGCGCUGUGGAAGGUGCUGGAGGUGUCCGACGUCGACGCGGGGCAGAAUCGGCUGCUGCUCCUCAGGGAUAUGGUGCGCGGCGGGCCGAUCCCCAAGCUCUUUCCGGAGCUGGAUGAGCUCGACGUUGACGGCCUGAACGCCAGGCGCACGGUGUCCUUCACCUUGCUCGAUGCGGAGGGUCGGCAGAAGGAGUUGAGGAUCCGCUACCUCAACUCCAACAAGGCGUACCGGGUCUUUGGGCCCGAGUGGAGGCGGUUCGUGAAGGACAGCGGCAUGUGCAAAGGCGACCGCGUCGACCUGUACGCGUGCAGGCGCGGCGACGACGGCGAGCGCUGCCUCUUCUUGUUCACGAGCAAGGGCGGCGGCGGUAACGCCUGGUGUACCAUUAAGCGCGCGCGGCAGCCUUCUGCUGCGGCCGCCGCCGUUCGGGAUCACAAGAGGCGAGCAAAGAGCCGUCGUUCAGAGAGAGAAGAUCAUAUGCUUUACGUGAUGGACGACGGUGUGCACGGUGGUUUCCAGCGGGAUUACGGCUGUUGCAAGUCCCUCGAGAGGACAAGGAGGGAAGACAAAGCACCUCUGCGAUUGUGGAUAGAUUCCACUAAAGAGGAAAGAGAAGCUGCCAAGGGCCUCUUGAUGUUGAGAUAUGCUAUCUUGGCCAAGUAUUAUCGUUAGAGCAUCAUUCCGUUUUUUUUAUACCAUAUAUAGCCAGGAUGAAUUAACCACGGGCACUGAAUGGUAUUUGUAGGUCAUGAUCUUGUAAGGAGGAUAGU